GAGGACGGGGGCGGCGUCGGACUGGAGCCAAGCGGCGGCACGAGCUGCCCAGGGCGCUGUCGUGAGCUCGCCCGCAGGGCCCCCACCCCCGAGCUACACCCUGCCGUGCCCAGCUCUGCCCGCGUCCGUGCCCCCGCGGGGAGCGCGCCGGGGCUGCCCCCCGAAUGACGGGCGGAAGGUUCGACUUCGACGAUGGCGGCACCUACUGCGGCGGCUGGGAGGAGGGCAAGGCGCACGGGCAUGGCAUCUGCACGGGGCCCAAGGGCCAGGGCGAGUACUCGGGCUCCUGGUCGCACGGAUUCGAGGUGGUCGGAGGCUACACCUGGCCCAGCGGCAACACCUACCAGGGCUACUGGGCGCAGGGCAAGCGGCACGGGCUGGGGGUGGAAACGAAGGGCAAGUGGAUGUACCGGGGGGAGUGGUCACAUGGUUUCAAGGGGCGCUACGGGGUCCGGCAGAGCCUGUGCACCCCUGCUCGCUACGAGGGUACCUGGAGUAACGGGCUGCAGGACGGGUACGGCGUGGAGACCUACGGGGACGGAGGUACCUACCAGGGCCAGUGGGCCGGAGGCAUGCGGCACGGCUACGGCGUGCGCCAGAGCGUGCCCUAUGGCAUGGCCACGGUGAUCCGCUCGCCCCUGCGCACCUCGCUGGCCUCGCUUCGCAGUGAGCAGAGCAAUGGCAGCGUGCUCCACGACGCCGCGGCCGCUGCCGACAGCCCGGCUGGCACCCGUGGAGGCUUCGUGCUCAACUUCCACGCUGACGCUGAGCUCGCUGGCAAGAAGAAGGGCGGCCUCUUCCGAAGGGGCUCCCUUCUCGGAAGCAUGAAACUUCGCAAGUCCGAAUCCAAGUCUUCCAUCUCCAGCAAGCGUAGCUCGGUCCGCAGCGAUGCUGCCAUGAGCAGAAUUAGUUCCAGCGAUGCCAAUUCCACAAUCAGCUUCGGCGAUGUAGAUUGUGAUUUUUGCCCGGUGGAAGACCACGUGGACGCCACCACCACGGAAACCUACAUGGGCGAGUGGAAGAACGACAAGCGCAAUGGUUUUGGCAUCAGUGAGCGCUCAAAUGGCAUGAAGUAUGAAGGCGAGUGGGCAAAUAAUAAGAGGCAUGGAUAUGGCUGUACCGUGUUUCCUGACGGCUCCAAAGAAGAGGGAAAAUACAAAAAUAAUAUUCUGGUCCGUGGAAUAAGGAAGCAGCUUAUACCAAUAAGAAAUACAAAAACUAGGGAGAAGGUGGACAGAGCGAUUGAAGGCGCACAAAGGGCAGCUGCCAUGGCGAGAACCAAAGUGGAAAUAGCAAAUUCAAGGACUGCACAUGCCAGAGCGAAAGCUGAUGCCGCUGACCAGGCUGCGCUGGCCGCCCGUCAGGAGUGUGACAUCGCGAGAGCUGUGGCCAGGGAAUUGUCUCCUGAUUUCUACCAACCAGGCCCUGAUUACAUCAAACAAAGAUUUCAGGAAGGUGUAGAUGCUAAAGAAAAUCCAGAGGAAAAGGUACCAGAAAAGCCACCUACACCAAAAGAAUCUCCUCAUUUUUACCGUAAAGGCACGACACCCCCAAGGUCUCCUGAGGCAAGUCCCAAACAGAGCCACUCUCCCCAGCCUCCCUCCCCAAAACCUGUGAAGAAGCAAAACCCCAGCUCAGGGGCGAGACUCAAUCAAAACAGAAGGAGCUUGGCUGAUGAGCAAGUGACAGCCAUAGUCAGUAAGCCCUUGAUGUCAAAGGCCCCCACGAAGGAGACAGGAGCGGUUGUGCCCCAGUCCAAGUACUCUGGCCGCCACCACGUCCCCAACCCUGGUAACGGAGAGCUGCAUUCUCAGUACCAUGGCUACUACGUGAAACUGAACGCCCCCCAGCACCCUCCGGAAGACGUGGAGGACGAUGACAGACCGAGCCAGUCUUCCUCAGCACUGGUUCACAAGCCAUCGCCUAACAAGUGGAGUCCCCCUAAAUCUGUGAUAAAACCAGUUGCCAAAGAAAGCAAAGCUGAGCCAAAAGCUAAGAAGUCUGAACUUGCUAUACCAAAGAAUCCAGCAAGCAACGAUUCGUGCCCCUCUUUGGAAAGAGAAGCCAAUUCAGGCCCUAAUUCAGUCAUGAUUGUUCUCGUCAUGCUGUUGAAUAUCGGGCUGGCCAUUCUUUUUGUUCACUUUCUAACUUGAUUGGAAUAAGGAAAGUGAAGCCAUGACAACUAGUGGUGUUAGCCCACAGUUCUCUGCAGUGGUGCCGUCAGCCCUUUAAAUGGCACACCCCAGGCAGACUCAGACACAGGGAAGGAGGCUUGGAAUUAGGAUGGGAUCGCGAGAGAGAUGAAACUUGGAAAAUGCAGCCAGAGAACCUGUUCGGUUCCCCUGGGAGUGCUUUGUGGCUUUGGGGUCUUCUGGGAGCUGAAGUACACAGCCGUGCUGGAGAGCAAAACUUAAUAAUCAUUCUUUUUUAAAAUCUGCUGAAGCAGCCCCAUCCGGCGAAGUUCUUGGCAUUGGCUACUCCAUCUGUCCUAGCGGAGUGUGACUAAACUGGAAAUGUAUGGAGCUGCAUUUUUUUUUUUUUUUAUGGAAGUCAACAGCUGCCUUACUAUUUUACCAUCUGACGUUUUUAGUAGGGAGCUGGGGAAACGACUGGCCGAGGAAUGCGGUCGGAGGAUUGUGUUGCUGUGGACGUGGUUCCAACAUUCACUCCUAUCUCAUUAGAAGAAAUAGGUAGCAGCAUCACUCACCAGUCUUAUGCCAUGACCUGCUGCUUUAACAUCUCCUGGAAUGUUCUGGGAGAGAACGUUUCGUUUGCUUGUGCACGACUCUGUUCAUUUUUGCUGUUUAUUUAAAUAUGAUGAAUCGUCAUCUACCACCUGUGGUCCUGGCUGGACGAAACACACGUGUUGCAUCUAAAGGAAGAAAAACAGCAAAGUGCUAGUGGAAACGUGUUUAUUUUGAUAGCAAUACAUCCUUUUUAUGUCACUUAUUCUUCCUAAACCUGUAAAAGGCUAUUUAUCUUUAAAAUCUAGCAAGACGAAGGCAUUAAACCCUCCUAAGAAAUCAUUUAAACUAUUUUUAACAUCACUGAGAUAAGUUAUUUAUGCACUUAGGAGAGGCUAAA